GCUGUGCCAUUCAGUGCUUGAAACAGUCUGAAGAGGAAACCUUUACGCGCCGAAAUAAUGGACAUCAAUUCUGGUUAGUAGGCUACGCUUUACUUUAACGUUAUAUGAUAGGCUACAUAUUUAUUCAGUCAAACAUUAAUUAAAAUGUGGACAGUUCCGAAGCCAAAAUAUAGAACUGGGCUGUGCGCCGAGGGGGAGAUUGCUGUGAACAUUGGCGGAGUCCGUGUGGUGCUUUUUGGGGAGGUUUUGAACCGCUACCCGGAGAGCAGACUAGCGGAGUUGUUGAACUGCUCAACCAAGAACCAUGAAGUUAUCUCGUCGCUUUGUGAUGACUUCGAUCCAUGCAGAAAAGAGUUUUACUUUGACCGAGAUCCUGAUGCCUUCAAGUGCAUCAUCGACGUUUACUACUUUGGUGAAAUCCACAUCAAACCCGGCAUUUGCCCCAUCUGUUUCAUCAAGGAGAUGGAGUUCUGGAAAAUAGACCAAAAUGUUUUAGACGAGUGCUGUAAAAGUUGCCUAAGUGAGAAGGAGGAGGAGCUGACAGAGAUUGCAAACAAAGUGAAAGUGAUUCUGGAGGAUCUGGAGGUGGAUGAGUGCAUUACGCGCACCCAGCGGUGCCAGAGGUUCCUGUGGAGGUUGAUGGAGAAGCCGGGUUCCUCCCUGCCGGCGCGCAUCAUUGCCAUCGCAUCCUUUCUCUCUGUCCUGGUCUCGGCGGUGGUGAUGUGCGUGGGGACCAUCCCGGAGCUCCAGGUGACGGACGUGGAGGGAAAACUGGUGGAGCACCCGAUCCUGGAGGGGAUCGAGACCGCCUGCAUGUUAUGGUUCACCGCGGAGUACUUCCUGCGCCUCGCCUCCUCUCCGAACAAGCUGCACUUUGCGCUCUCCUUCAUGAACGUCAUUGACUUCAUGGCCAUCAUGCCGUUCUACGUGGUCCUGUCCCUCACUUACCUUGGCACCACAUCCAUGAUGGAGCUGACUAACGUCCAACAAGCGGUGCAGGCGCUCCGCAUCAUGCGUAUCGCGCGUAUUUUCAAGCUCGCGCGCCACUCCUCCGGGCUGCAGACUCUGACCUACGCGCUCAAGAAGAGUCUAAAGGAGCUGGGGCUGCUCCUCAUGUACAUGGGCGUGGGGAUCUUUGUGUUCUCGGCGCUGGCAUACACCAUGGAGCAAAGCCACCCAGAGACCCUUUUCAGAAGCAUCCCGCAUUCUUUCUGGUGGGCCAUCAUCACCAUGACCACGGUGGGCUACGGAGACAUCUACCCCAAAACCACGCUCGGGAAGUGCAACGCAGCCGUGAGCUUUCUGUGCGGGGUAAUAGCCAUCGCCUUGCCCAUCCACCCCAUCAUAAAUAACUUUGUGGUCUUUUACAAUAAGCAGAAAGUGUUGGAGACUGCGGCGAAGCACGAGGUGGAGCUGAUGGAGCUGAAGUCUGGCAAGGACGCGCGCAGAGAAAGCAGGAAUUAAGAUGAGACUGUGGACGCACCAGCAGUUUGAAAUAAAUAAUAUAAGACUUAAUAAUAAUAAUAUAAAGACUUUUCCAAGAGCUUUUACUGCUGUCAUGCGGGCAAUUCACUACCUAUGAAAGGGUGAAAAUCAAAAGGUCACCUGUCCACAUCUAGUCUAAUGCACCACAAUAAAAACAUCUAAAGUAAAUGUACAAAAUUCGUUACGCAGAGACCUUUACAAUAAGACAUUGAAACUUUGCCUGGUCCUGCAGAAAACAUUGGCACAGCUCCAUGCAAUGACACUGUACAUAUAGCCCCGUCUCAUAGAUGUUGUCUUUGCAGCUGACUGUGACUGCCACGUGCUGCUUAUUACUGCAUGGUGCAGUUAUUUCGUUCCAUAACUCUUGUUGUGUGUUAUUAUGGAACAAUAAGUUGUGCAUGAAAAACCUGUGUACAGGGGCGAUUUUAGCCCUAAACUUGAUCCCGGCACCCAUAAAAUAUAAUUGCUUAAAAAAAAAAAAAAAAAAAAAAAAAAAGGAGUACUGAUCUAGGAAUAUCACAGCAUUGUGAAACUAAACCCAGAAUCUAGAUGCCGAGAUCAUUCAGAAAAAGAGCCAUUUUACAGAACAUAGUGCUUUACAGCCAAGGUCAAAAUCGCAUAAAGUUAUUGAAAGUGAAUUUUAGAAAUAUCUGCUUUUCCAUAGAUACUGUACAUAUCCAAUUUCAUUUGUAAAACCACCUCACCUUUGUAGUAAUGGCCCUGUGGUUCAGCAUUAAAGGAAGUUUUCUCAGAAUUGUUGGUGACUUUCUAGUUACAUAAUUCAUUGUUUCCCUACCACGAUGGUCCAAAAUUAUGUUAAAAUGCACAGUUAGCACAUUAGAAUAAUGUUUAAAAAUGCGUUAAAAGGGUGCCAGGCACCCUAAUGCUCUGAUCCUAGAAACGCCCCUGCCUGUAUGUACACUUGUGCAUAGAGAAUCAUUAAAGCAUCACCUGUAAGCUGUUGUAAGUUAUGGACAAGGUGACACUUGAGUCCAAAUUUCAAAUAUUCAUAAUAAUAAUAACAAUACAGAUAGUUUUCUUUGGAGGACAGUAGACUAAUCAAGUUGAUAUGUAAUAUAAUAAGGUGUCAGUGCUUUGGUGGAAAAUGUAUCAGAUAGGGACUUCAAUUGGACCAGUGUGGGUGGAUAAUCUUUUUAGAAAUGCCUAUUCAAAUUAGACUAAAAAUGAGUCAGAAAUUGCAGCCCCCACAUAACUGGCGUGUGAUUAGUCUCAGAUUACCCUAAAAUUGAUUAAAGGAAUAUUUUGUUUUCAUAUGUUGUAUUAUUUUGUGCCUUGUGUCUAGCAUGGUCAGUGGGUCCUGGGACAGAUAGGUAAAGGUGGUGGGGAC